AUGGUGUCACCGCCGCAACCCCAACCGGUCGAAGCUGUCGCCUCUCCUCGCCACGGCAGCGCCGUGACGCGCUCCCCGUCAACUCCUGCUGCCCCUUCUGCCCCCUCUUCGUCUGUACCCGCCACGACGACGACCCCGGCCUCGACGGUCGAUGGACGCCCCCCGCUGAAGAACCCUCUGGCUCUCGAGAUCGCCUACAGCACCAUCUCCCCCAAGGUCGAGCAGCCGCAGUACCCUCCCAUGCACAUCAAGCUCAACCUGAUUGACCAAAACCCCUUCACAUCGGCUCUUUGCAGCAACGGCGAGGCGACAUCCUGUGAGAGUCCGUUCCCGAUGACGCCGGGCGGGUACUCGUCCAGUGGCGGAUGUGGCGGCGACUUGAGCAAGAAACAGCGGCACAAUCUGCGCGAGCAGCGGCGGAUCCUACGCAUUAGCAACCAGUUCGACAUCUUGCGCAACAAACUCGAGGCAGCAGGCUACUCGUCCUCGAAGAAGGACAAGUACAGCGUGCUGCAUGCUACGCUCGAGUACAUCUCGAACCUCGAGCGCAACCAACUCGGCUGCGUGCCGCCGCAGUCGCAGAUGCCGCACCUGCUGCAGCACACGUCCCCUCAUUCCGGCGGCGGCGUCCCCCGUCACCUCGUGUCUCCGUGCAGCGACUCGGCUGGGCGGUUGUCCAUCACGGCGCCACCGCCCAGCCACGUUGACAGCAAAGGCCAAGUGUUUAUGAUCGAUAGCAUGCCGUCUCCAGUGCCAGCGUUGUCCAUACCAGGCAUGCAUCCUCAGCCCUCGUAUCCUCUGAACAUGGACAACAUGUACACUAGUGCUACGAGCGGCGCUGCAAACGCUGGUACGGCUGAGAUCGAUGGCUCAUCGGCUUCUUACCGUGACGUCUUUGCCAGUAGCAGUAUGCCCAGUCUUCUGGCUAAGCUUGACGGCACGAUUGUCGAGGCGAACGCGCUAUUUUUGGAGCUAUGCUGCAAGAACAUUGAUGAGCUUCGCCUGCAUAGUCUGUACACAAUGUGUACGGCCAUGGAUACACCAAAGAUGUACACCCUCGUGAGCAAGAUCCUCUCGUGUGAGAUGGCGUCAGCGCAGAGCAAGAUGAUGUGGCACUUUUCCAGCACUGGCGACCGAAAGGUGUUCGUGUCAGUGUCAAUGAUCCACGAUCGCAUGCACAAUCCGGCUAAUUUGCACUGCAGUCUUCUGCCGCUGUCAUGA